CAUUAUUGUUCAGCAGACACAUGGAGGGAGCGCCCACUAACCAGCUGCGCUCUGGGAGCGGACUCUCGGCAUCCAGAUUCUUAUAAUGAAAUAAUCAACGCAAGUUCUCAGCACAUUCAUCCAAGACGUGCUCUUCAGAAAAAAAAAAAAGAGCCCCCGUGUCUCUCUGGCUAUGUUGACACAAAUGCAAGUAAAUUGCGUCUGAUUUGGGAGCACUGACAGGGGUGGAGAGGUGCAUGCUUCUGCAGUCGCGUCUCCGUGCAUCUGCCGUGCACAUGGCUCAGAGGAGGGCUGCAGGUGGCUGCUGCUGCUGCUGCUCCCGGGCUCCCCUCAACGAGGACAACGCUCGCUUCUGCCUGCUGGCCGGCCUGAUCUUCCUCUACCUGCUGUGCGGAGCGGCCAUCUUCUCGGCUCUGGAGCACCCCUUCGAGAUCCGUGCCCGGAUCCUUUGGAGGCAGCAGCUGGAGAACUUCACCAGGCGGUACAGGGUCAACCUGGGCGCCCUGCACACCCUGCUGCGGCAGUACGAGCAGGCGAACGGAGCCGGGAUCAGGGUGGACGCGCUGAGGCCGCGCUGGGACUUCUCUGGAGCCUUUUACUUCGUGGCCACUGUUGUCUCUACCAUUGGUUUUGGGAUGGCCACGCCAGCAACCAUAGCUGGAAAGAUAUUCCUCAUCUUCUAUGGCCUCAUCGGCUGUGCGGCCACCAUCCUCUUCUUUAACCUCUUCCUGGAAAGGAUCAUCACCAUGUUGGCGUACAUCAUGCGUUGGUGUCAUGAGCGGCGGCUGAGGUGCGGCGGAGCGGGCGUGAUGUCGAGCAGAGAGGAGUCGUCCGGCGAGGAGGACAGCCUGGAAGGCUGGAAACCGUCGGUCUAUUACGUGAUGCUGAUCCUGGGACUGGCGUCUGUCGUGAUCGCCUGCAGCGCCUCCACCCUCUACAGCUCCAUGGAGAACUGGAGCUACGUGGACUCCCUCUAUUUCUGCUUCGUGGCAUUCAGCACCAUCGGCUUCGGGGACCUGGUGAGCAGUCAGAGAGAGCGCUACGAAUCCCAAGGGGCCUACCGGCUCGGAAACUGCCUUUUCAUCCUGAUGGGAGUAUGUUGCAUCUACUCGCUGUUCAACGUCAUUUCUAUCAUCAUUAAGCAAACUCUCAACUGGAUCCUGGGUAAGCUGGUCUGCUCCGGGAAGCGCAAGCUCUGUUCCUGCCCCUGCCUUCGAAGCAAAAGCCAAAGCAAGAGGGCUCCGGCCGCACAGCGCCGCGUGAAACGCAACGCCGUGCAGCCCGUCUCCACCCAACGCCCCGUGGGCAGGCGGCACCACACGGAUGGCUCUGUGGAAACCGUGUGCGACAGCGAGACAGACGCUGGCGCAGGGGCAGAGGUGCACCUGGGCCGUCGGCUGUCCGGAGAGAUGAUCUCCGUCAACGAGUUCAUGGUGUCUAACAAGGUGUCCCUGGCGCUGCUGCAGAAGCAGCUGAGUGAAACCGCUCACCAAGGGCCGCGGCAGAGCUACGGGCACCAAAACGGGUUUUCUGGCGGGGUGGGGGCCCUGGGGAUUAUGAACAAUCGCCUUCAGGAAACCAGCGUGGACAGAUAGCAUCACUGUUUUGGGCUUUUUUUUUUAGACAAUCGUUAGUUUACCCACCUCUGUAUUGCGAAACCAAAUUACGUGAAUCCUGGCUGUCUCCGUCCCAAGCGCAGUAGAUUAACUCAACAGGGAAAACAAAAGACUUCCAUCGUGAACUCUGCCGAGCAAGUAAGUCAUCGUUUUCUUUGCAGAGGUGAUGGGGGGGGAAAAAAAGAGGAAAAUUCAGCUAAAAAAGACUUGUGACAAGGGGUCCGAUGUCCUUAAGUGACUGACUCAUACCAAAGCAAUCAGGCGGGAGAAGCGGUGAAGGACCACUUAAAGGAGGCUGCUGAUUUGAAGAAUGCUGCACAUGUUGCUGGACCUCGAAAAACCCGAUAGGGUUGUAUCAGGCUGCAGUGGUUAAUAAUCAGUGUACAGAAACGAUAUCGCCCUUCGCUUCUUAGAUAGUCGGUGCAUUCUGUAAAUCGCGUCAAAUGUGACCGACGUUUAAUAAAACGCAAAACCACAGAAACGUGAGGAAGCACCAAGAAAGAGACGUUUUAAUUUGUUGAUUGCUCACAGAGCACCCAUCCUAGAAGUCAUUUAAAUUCACAGUCAUCUUGAAGGAGAUCCAGGGCUUUCAGCAGAGAACAUCUAAUCAAGCGUGGCUCGUAAAGGACACUCCUAUGUCAAUAAGUGCCGCACAAGUAGUCACGCCAUCAUAUAAACACAGAGAGAAAGGCUUAGGCGAUCCAUGGCUGAGAGAUCCUUUACUAUGCAAGGACUAAAGUAUCCAUUUAUGGCAUGUAGCAUUCAUGUGAUGUGUUUUCAACAGACAUUUUAAUUUACAAGUCAAAACCUUUUUUUCUUAGAUUUGUUUUAAUAAAGGAACAUACAUU